AUUUUCCCUACUCACCACCCUCUAUUUCCUCUCUCCCUCCCUCUCCCUCCCUCUCCCUCUCCCUCUCCCUCUCAGAAAACAAAGGCAAAACGCCAUAGGCAAGUAGAGAAAAUAUCAGAGUUCCAAUGGCCAUUGAAACAGGGCAUCUCAAUGUUUUUCCUCCACAACUUAUCUCAAACGGAGAUUUGAUGAAUGUUUACCACCAUGGGGAUAACAACUUUGCAGUCAACCCGCAGAGGGGCUCAUCAGGAUUCGCUUUUCGCCAAGCCCUGCCUGGAGAUUUUGUCCCGAAUCUCCCGAUUUAUGAUUCACAGGCAAAAACUUCAAUAAUUACCGACACCAAUAUUCGAAAGCGUGGCAGGGAUUCCAUGGAUCAGUACUAUGAAGCAUCAAAUUCCAGCCCGGCUAACCAGAAGAAUAACGGAAUCCCUCAGUUCCCAUCUUUUGCCGGUGAAGGCUUUUUGCAUCAAAUGCAGCAACACCAUUUGGAAAUUGAUAACAUUAUAUCCCAAUAUAGUAAGAAAAUGAGGGUGGAACUUGAAGAGAGGCAAAAGCAACACACUGGAUUCGUGCUGGCAACAAUAGGAGAGGCAGUGACGAAGAAAUUAAAGGAAAAGGAUGAGCAGAUUCAGAAAAUGGCCAAGUUGAAUUUGGUUCUUCAAGAAAGAGUCAAGAGUCUCUACGUCGAAAACCAUUUAUGGCGAGACAUGGCACAGACAAAUGAGGCGACGGCUAUGUCCCUGCGCACGAAUCUCGAACAAGUCCUAGCCCAAGUAAGCGAAGAACGUCACUCGGACGGUGUAGGUCCCGGCGCACAGGAGGUUGAGGAAGACGUCGAGUCGUGCUGCGGUAGCAGCGACCAUGGAAUCCGGGACAUCCAAGUUGGUAACGAAGACGCAGAUUGCGGGAGAAACAGGCGGUUCAGUGAUCGGAAGUGCAAGAGAUGUGGGGAAAGAGAGUCGACGGUUUUGUUGAUGCCGUGCAGGCACUUAUGCCUUUGCUACAUUUGUGGGAGCGGGUGCCAUGGCCUCGAAGCAUGCCCUGUCUGUAACUGUGCAAUGAAUGGUACAUUGCACGUUAACAUGUCUUCUUAAUCAAUGCAUAAAACGAGAAAGACACAUUUUGGUUGUACAUUCUUACAACAUCUUAUGUAAAUUUCUUUUAGUUAACAAAUUAGGUUGUGAAAUUUUUAUUCU